GGCUUGCCGCGAAGCCUGAAUAGUAUACUGCCGGCCCCCGAGAAAGCGAAGAAGAGGAGCGAAAAGAAAUAGGCGCGCAGCUGUCCGGUGUAUCUGAACGAAACUGUUAUGGGUAUUCAAGGUUUGCUGCAGUUUAUCAAAGAUGCAUCAGAGCCCAUCAACGUGAAGAAGUACAAAGGACAGACAGUUGCAGUGGAUACGUACUGCUGGCUUCACAAAGGGGCUUUUUCAUGUGCUGAAAAAUUGGCAAAGGGAGAGCCGACUGAUCAGUAUGUAACUUAUUGCAUGAAAUUUGUUGACAUGCUCCUCACAUAUGGAGUCAAACCCAUUUUGGUAUUUGAUGGAUGUAAUCUGCCGUCAAAAAAAGAAGUGGAGAAAACGAGAAGAGAACGACGACAAGCAAACCUGCAGAAAGGAAAGCAGCUGCUUAGAGAAGGAAAAGUUUCAGAAGCCCGUGAAUGUUUUACGCGUUGUGUCAAUAUUACUCCUUCUAUGGCCCACGAAGUUAUUAAAGCAGCGAGAGCUCGUGGCGUUGACAGCAUUGUUGCUCCCUAUGAGGCUGAUGCCCAGCUGGCCUUUCUAAACAAGAAUGGGAUUGCACAAGCAGUUAUAACGGAGGACUCUGACCUUCUGGCCUUUGGCUGUAAAAAGGUCCUUUUGAAAAUGGACAAGUACGGCAAUGGCCUAGAGAUUGACCAGGCUCAUCUUGGGAGAUGCAAACCACUUGGAGACACAUUUACCGAAGAGAAGUUUCGAUAUAUGUGCAUCCUUUCUGGGUGUGACUACCUUCCUUCUAUUCAUGGAAUUGGUUUGGCUAAAGCGUGCAAAUUAUUGAAAAUGGCAAACAAUCCAGAUAUUGCAAAGGUUAUAAAGAAAAUCGGGCAGUAUCUAAAGAUGAAUGUGACAGUACCAGAUGAAUACAUCGAAGGAUUUAACAAGGCCAACAACACAUUUUUAUAUCAACUGGUGUUUGAUCCACUUUCCAGGAAGCUGGUGCCACUCAAUCCUUACACAGACGACAUUGACCCCAAAUCUCUGGGCUAUGCUGGCCAUAAUAUUGGGGAUAAGGCUGCUUUGCAGGUUGCUCUUGGAAAUGUUGAUGUUUCAAACAUGGAAAGGAUUGACAACUUCAACCCCGAUACUGCACAGCUUGUGCAGCCAAAAAGCAAGACCUGGAAUGAAAAUAACGACAAAAAGUCCUCGGAUCUCAGCAUAUGGAGCCGACAGUAUUCUUGUUCAGAUAAUCUUAUUUCAAAACCGGAGACCAUGAGAUUAUCUGAGAAACCGUCUACGAGGGGGAUAGAGAAGGUUAUCAACACCAGAGCGUUAAAGCUUACAAACAGGAAGAUCUUGGUAAAAAGGCCCAGAGAAGAAGAAACUGUUUCUGAGUCCGAUCUUCUUUCCCAAUAUUGCUUCUCAACUCACAAAAAGGUAAAGAAUGAACAGAGUGAGCCCUUGGGGAAACAGGAGGACCAUCCUGUAGAUACUUCUACCUCUACCUCUACCUCUGCCAUUGUUAAAGAUGAUUCUCUGACUAAGCUGCCUGCUCCAGAGCCUAAGAUUCGAAACAGAUUUGCCACUAUACUCCAGAGAAGAAAUCGGGAGGAAGGGGAACCUUGUGUGGCAGGAAUGCGGAGCAGGUUUUUUUGCAACUUGAGUGCCCGUGGUGAUUCUACAGGGAAACAAAGUAAAAUAUCGAAACUGGAAGAACAGGCAGUUGAGGACAAAAAUGAUUCCACUGAAUCUCCUGACUUGUUGACUUUGAUAGAACUUGAAAACAAAGACGCAGAAAGCAGUGUAUCCGAACCCAAGGAAUCCAGUCCUCCAGUCUCCCCGCCUUCCUGCCACUCAUCACCUAGACAAAACACAAGCGUCUUUGGUUGGUCUGGAGAUGUGUGUGAGAAAUCCAAGUUGCAUUGCUCUCCUGCUUUAUUGGCACUGCAGCAGUUCCAGAGGUGUAAGGAGGGCACCUUCUAUCGGGGCAGCCAGAGAUCGGAGCAGUCUCCUUUCUUGAAACAUUCAAACAACACGAGAAAGGAUGAUGGUCUGCAAAUGAGUGAAUCUGAUGAUGAGGAUUUUGAUAUUCUUCAUUACAACCGUAGAAGUUCUCUUUCUUCUGUCAAAGAGCCAAUGUCCUCGCAGGGCAGUCUGGCCUCCAGUAUGGAAAUCACACUUUCACAGGCUUCUCAAAAAACGGCCAAAACAGAUGAUCUGAAUUCUAGUCAGAAGUCGGAUGCCAGUGAAAACUCCGCUCACUCUCCAGUUGGGGCUGAAAAGACUUCUAGUGUGGCAAAACUCAAGGCACCUGGAUUGCAGAGAGUCAGCCCAGGAGCCAUUCCAUCAUCACAUAAAAGUAAAACUCUGGGCCCAGCUAGAGCCAGUGGCCUCAGUAAAAAGGCGUCUGCACUACAAAAGAAGAAAUCAUUAACCAAUGAUGAGAAUCGCCCCAGCCUGCAGAUUACAAUCAACCACCUGUGGAAAAAAUUUGAAUAUAAAAAAGAAAAAGAAAAAAUCGCCUCACCAAAAAAAUCCAAACCCAUGUCUCCAGUUAAGGACAACAUCCCAGCCCUCACUCCAGAAACCGAUAAGGAUAUCUUCAACAAUCCAGAGUGCCGAGAUGUUCAGAGAGCCAUUUUCUGCUCGUAGUGUUGGUAACGAAUACAAGCCAGGAUGAGUGGUUGUGCUUUUCACUGAAGAUCUUGAGCAGUGGUUAAGUUUUUGCUUUUCCACCUGGAAAUUAAGAAUGCAAGUUUAGUCCUAUCUGUGUUUACAUCAGAGCUGCAGGUAAUGGCAGAUUAAUUUUAUCUGUAAAUAGAGCUAUAAAGAUAUUUGCUUUUUUUUGUAUUAGAAAUGAACUGUUUUUGCAAGCAUUAUGAAAAUAAAAUGUGUACAGUAAGCAAGAGUUACUUCAGUACAUUUCGUUAAUACUGUAUAUAAUAUACACACAAAUACUUAACAGUAGUCAAAGUACCUGGCAUUGCCCGGGUAUUUUUGUAUAAUGGGUUAAGGUAAGAAAGCAAGUAUUGAUGUGUUUGGUUUUUAAAAUUU